AUGGUAUCAGUAACUUUCAUUCCACCUCGUGGUGAACAAAUUGUAUCCUGUUUUCAAGAUGGAUCCAUUUAUGUUUGGAGUACAGAUUCUCUUCAGUGUUUGUUAAGGCUUAUUAACAGUGAUUAUCCGAAUCAACUGUAUAGAACAAUUACAUUUACCAGCAAAGGUCAUUAUUUAUUUGCAGCUGGUCGUUCACCAUUUGUCUACUUAUGGGAUUUAAAAGGAUAUGUAAACUGUUUAAGUCAAGACAGUCCAGAUGUAGAUUAUUCCAAUUCAAAUAAUCGGUUUUUACGAGAGUUAAUUAAACUUCCUGAACCAAUUAAAUCAGUUCGUCGAAUUGAAUGGAUCCCUAAAUCUUGUUUGAUUGAUUUUAACCAAUUUUACCAUGAUUCUAUGAUGUGUGAUGAGUUAUCUGGUCUACUACUAUUACUUGGCACUGAUAAACGUUUACGUCUUUUGAUACGAACCCGCGAAAAUUCUAGAAAAUCAUUAGCUUGCACAGAAAAUUUGCCAAAGCAUCAACUGUCAAAGAACUCAACUCCUAUCUAUUGGAAAUGCUUGUUUACAUUUGGAUGUGGCUCAUUAGAAGACCCACUCUUAUCAUCAUUUAGUUUACCGGCUUACAGUAUUUUAGAUCUCUCUGAUUGCCAGGGAAAAGAACGGAAUAAAUCUUUCAAUUGUCAUUCACUAUUGGCUAUUCUUGAUGAUCAUGGCUUAUUACACAUAAAUGAUCUUUCAAUAGUAAUAAGCUUCCUCAAUAGUUCAUCAAUACCUAUAAUUAAAGUGAAAAAUGAGAUUUCAAAUGAGAAGUCUUCUCUCAAGGACAUAGAAAACAAUACGAGAAACGACUUUCCAACUUUUAAAAUGUCUACAAGUUAUAAUAAAGAUAUAUGUACAACAAAUCCAGGUCCAUUACACAAAAAAGACCCUACCAAUGGUUUUUUGGAUCGCAAACGUUUACGUUUAUUACUUAGAGAAUUUGGGAAAUUUCCAAAUAAAUAUCGGUUAUUCAUUUGGCGUUCCGUUUUGCAAAUCCCAUGUAAUACCCAAGCUUUUAGCAUUCUACAGAAGAAAGGUAUUCAUCCAGCUUAUGAUUUAUUAUCUACGCGAUAUCCUAUGCGGAGUCAAAGAUUGUUGAAAGCCCUGCAAAAAACUUGUUCGGCAUUGGCUUAUUGGUGUCCAUUGUUUGGUGAAACAGAUUGGUUACCGUUGUUUGUUUUUCCUUUUCUAAAAUUACAUCAGAAUAAUCUGUUGCAUGCAUUUGAAGUUGCAGCUACAGUACUGAUCAAUUGGUGCGGUACUUGGUUCGAAUUUUUCCCAAACCCCCCAAUUAAUAUUCUUUGCAUGAUUGAAAAUAUUAUCGCUUACGCGGAUCCAGAAUUGUAUCGUCAUUUUGUGCAAUAUAACAUUACGACCGAGAUUUAUGCUUGGCCGCUUCUGCAAACUGGUCUAAGUGAAGUAUUUAAUGAAGAUGAAUGGUUUUGUCUCUGGGAUUCAUUAAUAUGUUAUUCACCUAGUCUAUUACUUGCUGCGGUUGCAAGCUAUUCUAUCUGCGCUCGAGGACCACUUCUUAUGGUUCAAAAUACUGAUACAUUUGAAGCAUACUACCAUAGUCAAAGUACUUUACCAAUAUCAAAUAUUAUUGAGCGUGCUCAUCAAUUACUUACUUCAAUACCUUCAGAUAUACAUCCAGAAAAAUUAUUGUCUUCGCUUAUACAAACGGAUACUCAAAAUAAAAACAAAGAAAAUACUUGCCUAUCUUUUCAACCACUGACAAGUCCAUACUAUCCAAUAAUCACUCGUUAUCCUAAAUUCAUUGUAAAUUAUCAUAUACAAGAACGUGAACGUAUACGAGAGGAAGAAAAAGAAUAUCUCAGGCAAAAAGCUACGAUCGAAGAUAUGCAACGUCGAGCUCAAUUAAUGACGAAUGAAGAACACAAUUGGUAUCGCCAGCAGCAGUUACUUUUAGAUGCUGAGGACCAUCGAAGGACGUUAUUAGCUGAAGAAGAAAAUAAGCUACGUGAACAACGGAAAAGAUUAAGUGCAUUGAUUCGCGAAGUGAAAUUACAUGAAUUAAGCUUAGCUGAAGAAUCUCGUUGUCAUUUUAGACAACUCGAUAUUCGACGUCGCCAAUGUGAAUUAAACAAGUUAGAGCAAGAGUUAACUCGAUUGACUAAUUGCCGUAUCGAUGAAAUAGAUGCAGCUACUUACGCUGCAGAAUUAGCUGACUUACGGGAAAAACUACACCAGAGGCGUGCAGAAACUUUAGCUAUCAUAAAUGAGCAGCUACAAUCACGUGACAGAAAUCAACCACCAAACAAAGAAUGUCUUUUUCUAACAAGCUCUCCAGAUACCAAUGAUUCAAUUACACAUGAUAGAUAUCUUGAGAGAAAUGUUAAUGAAGUUCAUUCACACAGUCCAGACUACGUGAAAACGUCAGUUGAUUCUGAUGUGGCAAAGUCAAACCUAAAACGUAACAGUUCGUAUAAUAAGUUCAACGCAAUAACAAUGUUCCCCUUUACUUCGACCAAACUCGGAACACAAACUUGUGUAAUUAAACCCCUAAUGGUUCUCCCUCGUGGUCUACUGAAAAUCCACGGUCGUUUCCUCCAUAUUUAUGGCCGUGACAUUCCAUCCAAUAUCCCACUGCCCCCAUACAUCACUAAUAAGGUUGACCUGACGCUAUCUACAAUAGCUGUGCAGAGUGAACGUAAUAUCAGUGAAUGUAAACGAGCAGGUUCAAUAAUCCGCCAGAUAUUUAAUGAUCUUGAAAAGUUUAUCAGACCGGGUUUGUCUACUCAAGAUAUUGAUGAUUUCGUAUUUAAUCAGUGUUUGAGUAAGUCAGUCUACCCAUCGCCGUUAGGAUAUAAAGGUUUCCCAAAGUCGGUCUGCACGUCGGUAAAUGAAGUUGUUUGUCAUGGAAUCCCAAAAGAAUCGCAAAUAUUAAAAUUGGGUGACAUUAUGUCGGUGGAUAUAUCAGUUUAUAAUGGUUAUGUCCAUGGUGAUGCUUGUCACACCUUUGUAGUUGGUGUGGAUAGUUACUCUGAUUAUUGUGAUCUGGAAGCUGGUGCACGGAUAAAAACUGCUGUCUACUUGUGCACUGUUGCUCAAAAGUGCCGUGAUGCUGGUAUCAGUGUUUGCGGCCCAAAUGCUCUUUAUACAUCUAUUGCGGAAGCAGUCACGAAAUGCGCCGAUGCAUUUCAGUGCCGGGUUGUGGUAGGCGUAUGUGGACAUGGAAUCGGCCCAUUUUUGCAUGGACCACCAAAAGUAGUACAUUCAAUCCAUGAGUUAGCUUCCCAACCACUGGCACGUAUGCUACCUGGACAUACGUUCACCGUUGAACCAUGUAUUUCUCUUCCUCUCAACAAGUCUGGGGUAAAAUUCAAACGGAACACAAGUUUCGCAGUUCCUGUUAUCUUGGAAGAUGGAUGGACAGUGGUCACUAGUGACAAAGCUUUGACAGCUCAGUUUGAACAUACCAUUUCAAUUACAAAUGAAGGUUGCAUAAUACUAACGUGAUUUAUAGUGUUUUUUUCUUUAUCAAUGGAUUCAUUCUGUUGUUGCGUUGUUGAAGUUGAUCUAUGACUCAAUAAUAUUUAUAUUUACUGGUACAUAGCUUAAUUUUACUCAUUUGUAUUUUACAAGCGAUACUCGAAAGUAUACUACUUUUGCA